AUGAGUGCUAAAUCGAAGACAGCGCCGAUCGAUUUGACUCCGAAUAAGACGCCGCUCACUCUAGAGGUGGUUCCCCAUGUAGGAUUGAAGAACGAAAAGCUGAUGUUUCUUCUAGGAAUGCCAUUGAAUCAAAUAAUCACGAUGUGUCAGCAAAAUGCGGGCCUUAUUGGCAAAAUUCAAUUGAAAUACUCGAAAAAAGACGUAUUUGGAUGUAGUGUUUGUUUAUAUCUCAGCUCAGAUGGUAUAAAACUGUAUUUCGAUGGUCCGACUCAAUUAUUAAAGCUUAUUGAAGUUGACAACUUAUCAAGAAUCUCUUUAAGCUAUGGAAAUGUUAUUUUUUCUGAGCCAUUUGCACAAACUUCACUGGACAAAUUGAACAAUGUUUUUGGAUCGACUCAUCCAGGAGCUUAUGAUGAAAAACAGAAAAUGUAUGUACAAAGUUGGCCAGGACUGUCGUUUUGCUUUCCAACCGAUUCGAACGGCACAAACGACGCGAUUCGGCUUGAGCCCGGAUUCGGUCCCAACAUGCUUUCUCUCAAGUAUGAUGCCAGUUGUCAACCAAGACUCACGAAAAUGUCGAUAUACCAGGGAACCGAUCUGAGCAGACCCGAGUCCGUGGAUAUUCCAUUCUCGUGUUUCUGCGGACAAAAUCGCACACGAUUAAUCGAAGCAAUUUGGGAAAAUGGGGAUCUUAUUGGUCUUCAUAUUACGUUUGAUACACAAACUGGAUCUUUGAUCGAUGGAGAUCUUGAAGUGUACAGUGUUGAGAAGAAAAUCUAUUUUGGAGACCCGGUUUCGGUAGUCCAGACAGCUCUUGGGGCACCGUCGAAGGUAUAUUAUAAGUCGGAAGACAAAAUGAAGAUUCAUCGUGGUUCAACGAAGGAAACACUUAUUGGCCUUCCACACUUCUUCUUCAAUUAUUUUAGCAUGGGAUUGGUAAGUGCUCAUUUGAUGUUACUAGUAGCUUAA